AGUAAAGUUCGGUGCUCUGUCGGUGCUUGGUGGUGAGAGGCCGUCUUUCAAGAAAGCAGCUGUUCUUUGUUGUGAGGAAGCCAUAAAAUCAGGACCGGAUCAUUUGAAAUGACGCACCAGAUGUGGUGCUGAUGCUCAUCAGUUUGGACAAUUUAUACAAUCAGGUUUCAUCGCUUUUCUUUCUGGUUGUUACACAUUUUCUAUUUUAUGAAGCAAGGAUUCUCAAAAGAACAUUCUUUUCCUUUUAGAUGAACAGUUUCUGAGGAAAAGUAAAGGAUUUCAGUCCUAACAUCACCACUUAUCUUUUGUGUGACAAAAUGAGGAUGUUAAUUUUUCUGCUGUUAUGUGGCGCUUCAUCACCAGAAAAACACUCGCUGACAGUUUUGGUUACUGCCUCUUCUGGACUCCCUCAUUUUCCAGACUUUGUAACCACCACCCAGGUGGAUAAGCUGCCAACAAGUUACUGCGACAGCAACAAAAAUAUUAGAGCAAACCCAAAAUAUGGUCAAAAAUUAAUAAACAUUGAGUCACAGAUUGCUGAUUGGUAUAUUGAACAGUGUUUUGAAAUAAUGUCUGAUUAUCUCAAGGUUAAGAUGGGAAUAUUAACAGACCUGAACCAGAGUGAAGCUGUUCACAUUUUACAGGUUAUUAUUGGCUGUAAGUGGGAGGAAAAGACAAAAGAAACCACCUCGUUUUUACAGUUUGGAUAUAAUGGAGCCGACUUCAUCAAAUUUGACCCAAAGAAGUUGACAUGGAUUCCUCAAACUCCCCAGGCUGCCAGCAUCAAACCAAAAUGGGAAGCUGAUGAAUCUACAUACCAUUUGAAGCGCAACAAGGACUUCUUAAAUCAAAUAUGCCCUGAUUGGCUGAAGAAAUAUAUGGCCAAUAACGAAGGCCCUCUGCAGGGCACCGUUCUUCCCUCAGUGUUUCUCCUCCAGAAGUCUCCUGACUCUCCAGUCAGCUGCUCCGCUACUGGUUUCUAUCCCAACAAAGCUGCGAUGUUCUGGAGGAAGGAUGGAGAGGAGAUUCAGGACGGUGUGGACAAAACAGAGAUCCUCUGUAACCAGGACAACACCUUCCAGAUGAGAGCAGACAUUAAUGUUUCAUCUGUGAACCCUGAAGAUUGGGAAAGAUAUGAAUGUGUGUUUCAUCUGGUGGAUGUCAAAGAUGAUGUUGUCAGCAGACUGGAGAAAGAAAAGAUCCAAAGCAACUGGGGAAAGACACAGAAACAUAAUGAGGAGGAAAAGCCCAUUGGCAUGAUAGUUGGGAUCAUUACUGCAGGGGUUUUUGUUAUAAUUGUUGCUGCUGUUGGAUUUACAGUCAUCAAAAAUAGGAAAGCUCCCAUCAACAGCAUUGAAUUGUCUGAGAGACUCAAUCAAGAAACCAGACUGAAGUCAAAUCUGGACUCUAACAGUUAAAACAAGUUUAGAGCAGAAGAGACUAUUAUGUUCAGUAACUUUGAUUGUAUGAACCAAGUUUGCAUUCAAAACAUUUUGAGUUCUUCAUUGCAAGUCUGUAAAGAUGUAUUAAACUCUGCCUAAUUUAAGAAAACCAUUUAUUUUGUAUUGUAAUUACAUUGUAUUUUGUAUUGUAGUUGCAGGAAGUGUUUUUUUUCUAUUAAACAAUUUGUUCUUUGUCCGUGUAGCAAUGAAUUCAGCAUGCAAUAUUUUGAUUGAACAAAGUACAAAAAAAACCUUGUAAGUUCAAAAGUUGUCAGUAUUACACAAGCACAGGUAUUUUGAGGCCAUUUUCUCUCCAUGUGGUUGAGAGCAGCACAUCAACUGUUUUACAAACCUACCAGAGAAGCUGUUUCAAUCAGUCUCCACAAGGUGGAGGCCUCAGACUGCAGGUGAUGAAGGGAGCAUUAAGUGAGGCGGAGGGGCCGUGUGAUCACCAAUUGAAAGCAGACAUAACAAUGAUCAGCCGGGCAGAGAUGAAACUCUGCUCUAAAUAUCUGAGCAUUUAGUUAAAAAACAUUUUUUAUCCCCACACUUGUAAUCAUUAGACCGUUUCUUUACUUUAGCAAGAAACAUGUCUCUGUGUUUUUAGGUAUGCUAUUGCUCUAUGUAUAUUUUAUGCUGAAGGAAGAACUGAAAUGAGACAAAGUUUUUAGUUUGCUGGUAUAUCUUCAUUCCUAACCACACCUGCCAUUCCAAGAAGUUGUGGUUGAUGACUAAAAGAAUAAAAUGUCAAGCAUUUGAAAUGAAUUUCCCCUACAGGGUGGAUCCACCUUUGAAGUGAUGAGCAAAGCUAUUAGGGGAACUGAAAUAAUUUUUCUGAGGGUAUUAUUUUUUUGUGACUUUAAAACAUGCUUUAAUUGAUCCUGUAUUAAAUCUUGUUAAAGGUAAUUUGAUGCCAAACAUUCAUUAUCUGAGCUGUUUUUAUUUCCUGCUUUUCUUCUUUGCUCGACUUUAUUCUUCUUUUGACAAAGAAACUCCCUCUAGGCUAAAAUACUUCUGGUUCAGAUUACAUUGUAUCAUUCAUUUGAUUAGAAAUCAUAAGCUAUAAAUUUGUUGGUAAUCUUUAAUAAGCUAGACCCUUGUCAGACCAAAACAGAAACAACAAUACACUGUCUUAAUUUGUUUUUCAUUGUGUUUGGAUCUUUAUUUUUUCAGGCAGAUAAAACUUAUUUGAUCAGAAUGUCCUGGACACGCAAAGAACACUGUAGAAAGCUUGCCAGCCCAGUUAAUUGCAGUGCUGGAAACACAAAGACACACAACGACUAACCAUGCAUACACUCACUCACACUCACACCUGAGGGCAUUUUAGAAUAAAUUCACACUGCAGCCUGAAGUGACCCAAAUCCA